AUGUGUUAGAUGAAAAUAUGUUGAUGAAUAUGAGCAACUUACAGUAUUUAAGUCUACAAAAAAAUGUGAUAAGAGAAUUAAUUCGUUUACCCUUCUUACCAGCACUUCAGAUCCUUGAUCUAUCUUAUAACAAGAUACUGUACAUUGAUGAAACUGCUUUUGAAUUUGUCAGUUUGUACCAUAUCGAUCUGAGCGGUAAUCAACUUUACAGAUUAACAUCAUUUACUGGGGUACCUUCACUAAAAUCGCUGAACCUCGACAAUAACCAAUUAGUCAAUAUAUUUGCCGAAGAUGUAGGGGAAAUUCCCUCGUUGGAGACUUUGUCUAUUGUAGGAAAUGGUUUAGGAACCUUCCCUCUGCUGCCACGUAAUCGAAUCAGGCUACUCAACUUAGCUGACAACAACAUAUCGGCAUGUGAACUGCAUGUAAUUCAGCAAUACAUUGCUUUGGAUAUUCUCAUCAUCAGCGACAAUCGGAUCCAUUGCAACAUCCGUUUUCCCGCGACGAUGAGGAGGCUCACAAUCGACAACAACAAAAUCGAAAGAACGAACGAAACUUUGAAAUACUUGCUCUCCGAUGUCGAAUUUUUGUCCUUGAGAAAGAACAGAAUAUCCUCACUUGGUCAAGAAAUAAAUCCAGGCCCCUCCUUAUUAUAUCUGGAUUUAUCUCGUAACCAUCUGACGUACAUUCCACCCUUCAAAUUUUCUCUCGCAAGUUCACUGACAACGCUCAAGCUAGAAGGCAAUUCUAUAUCAACCAUUAAUGGAUACUCUUUCUUUGGUCUCGCAAGACUUCACCAUCUUGACCUUCAGUGGAAUCAAAUAACGUCUUUACCCGCUGAUUGUUUCUCAUCAAUACGUCGUCUAAGUCGUUUAUAUAUUACAGGUAAUCCAAUCCAUACGGUGGCAGGUUACGUUUUUUCAUCAUUCAGGCAAAUAUUGCCAAUUGAAUAUUUGUUCUUUUCUCACUCUAAUAGCUUUGGAAUAUUCCAACUUUCGCUCCUAAAUAGAUCUCUGUCUUAUCUCAUCAUGAGGAACAACUCUGUGGAGUCACUUGUGUUUCUCCAUUUGAAUCAGGGUUUGAAUCCAACAACCGGAGUCUAG